AUGGCUGCUGCUCCUCACCUGUCGCGCAACCGCAGCCGCAGUGCCCGACGCGAGCCCACCUGCGCCUACAGCUGCCCCGGGCGAGCUGACAUACUGGCAGAAUUGGGUGGCCACGAGCGGGGGUCGUUCCUGCAGUCGAUCGCCGCGCUCGGGGCGCGUGGACGCACCACGGGAACGGAUCCCACACCUUCGACGGGUACUUUUCCAACGGGCAGGUCCGCAUCGACCACGUGUACGUCACCGGGAACUUCACGGGAGGGCGACUGUCUGUGCUGGAAGAGACAGCAGCAGCAGCAGCAGCAGCAACGGGUACAAUAUCAUUGCGGUGGGGACUGGGGCCGGCGGCGGGGAGUCCGCGCUGCGCACACGCACGACCUUUGGGCGCAUAAGAAGGUCGAGUUCGAGUAUCGUUCCCAUGCUGGCGUGUGCAAGACUGCCUUAAAAAAGACGCAGUUGGAGACGGCGGCCAAGGCCCAGCUGACCAAGAUGUCCAAUGCCAAGGAUCAGUGCUCGUGCUGGACCUAUACCGGAUGGGGCGGGUGGUAUGGCGAGGUCAAGUUCAUGGAGAUCGACGACGGGGAUAUUAUCUCGGGGACCUGCUAUGACCCGGCAUGCAAUGCUACUUGA